AUGAAAUUAAAGAUAAAUUUUAAUGACGAUCUAAGUUCAAUUGUAGAUCAUAACAAAGUAUUAUUAUAUAUACCAUUCAUAAACGGUCCUGUAAAGCAGUUGUACGAUCUCGUAUCGAAAAGGUUCAAUAUCCCCAGUGACAUAUUUCUAUUCUCAAUCGACGACGGUUUUAUUAUACUACCUGAAGAAGAUAUUAAAGUAUUGAAUGGUGUAGAAACAUUAGAUGUAAAUAUUAAAAAAGUACAAAGUUUAAAGAGAAAAUUAGAAAUCAAUUCAAAAGUUGGAAGUAGUAAUAGUAGUAAUAGCAAUGGUAGCCCAUCGAAAAGUAGUAGACUGAAAAGAGUAAAGAAAGAUAUAGUACAGUCUAAAUCGAGAAACAAUGUAAAAGACAACAACAACAAUAGCAAGAAAAAUCAUGACACUGAUGAUACUUCAAGUAGUUCAUCUAAUAGUAGCGAUAAUAGUGAUUCAGGCUCAGAAUCAGAAUCAAACUCUUCAAACUCUGAUAAUGAGAAAAAUAACAAUAACAACAACAGCAAUAACAAACAUAAAAAGAUAAUAAUAAAUAAAAAGAAUAUUAAAGGAUUGGUAAUAAAAAAAAAACAAGCAACAAAAGAAUCAUCAUCGUCAUCAUCCGAUGAGGAGUCAGAGUCAGAGUCAGAGUCAGAAUCAGAAAGAUCGGAAAUGAAUCGUUCACAAUCUGAUGGUGAAUCAAGUUCGUCGUCGGAAUCGUCGUCGGAAUCGUCAUCAUCAUCGUCGUCAUCAUCUGAAGAUGAGAAAGAAGGGGAAAGGGAAGAUAAAAAAGUAGAAAAGUCAAAACAAUCUAAUAAUAAUAGCAACAACAAUAGUCAAUCAACACAAAUUCAACCUAUUCUUAAUAAAACACCAGAAAGAAAACAAAGAAACUUUACAGCAGCAACAGAUGUUUUAACAAAUAAUAGUUAUUUUAUACACUACAACGAUUACUUUAAAGAGGAUGUAGAAGCUAAAGAUUAUAGUGGAUUUUCGACAAUCACACAAUUCCCUACUGUAGGUGAUAGAAUAGCAUUUCAAAAGCAUAUAUAUGUCGAUUAUAGUUUAAAGAUAUCAGAUUUCAUUGAAGGAAUCGUUGAACAUAUAAAUGAUGACAUUGUUUAUAUCAGAGUUUGCGAUGAACAUAAAGAUUUGGCAAUGAUGGAGGAUGAGAUAUUCAAUGACAAUGGACAACUUGAAAUUGCAUUUCACCUCUUAUUGAACCCAAAGUUAAUAGAGAAAGGAAAUAACAACAUUAACACUCAGGAGAGUGUGAAUGUCGAUGGUGGUAGCUCUGAUAAAACUGAAAUUGAAGAGGAAAUAGAUUUUGAUUUAGAUGUUAAUAAUAACAAUGAACAACAACAACAACAACCAACAAAUAAUAAUAGUAAUAAUAAUAAUAAGACAAACAAUAAAACUAUAGAUACCAAUCAAUUUCAAUGUAUAUCACCAGAUAAACCACAGCCCAAGGUGAACGGAAAGAAAAAUAGAAGUGGAGGAGGUGGCGGUGUUGGUUUACUGUCAAGAGUUGUUAGAAAUUUAAAACAACAAAAAGAAAAAGAUCAACAACAAAAGGAGAAUGUCACAGCCGAUGAUUCUAAAUAG